AUGCUCCGCUACUCGGUUUUGUCUUCCACCAGGGCGAUUGCUGCCCGGCGCAUUAUCCGUGCAUACACGACCGCACCCUCGACAUUCAGCAACCAGGACAAGCUGCCCAGGCUGCCCAUUCCCUCACUGGAGGCCACCGCCUCGCGGUAUCUGAAGUCACUGCAGCCGCUUUUGACGGGGGCAGAAUAUGCACGAGCCGAGAAGGCCCAGCGCCUGCAGAGCGCCGACCAGGCGGCAGCGCACAGCUGGCUGGAGGAUAUCUGGCUGAACAAGGCGUACCUGGAAUGGCGCGAGCCGAGCUACAUCAACGUGAACUGGUUCGCCUGUAUCGCCGACAACCCCGACUUCCCAGUCGCCGCCACAGCGCCCAGCCCUGGGCAGGCAUCGGCAGUGCAGAUUGGACGGGCAGCGCGGCUGAUUGCACACGUACUCGAGUUCAACGAUACGCUGAACAAGGGCCAGCUGGAGCCCGAAACGGCCCGGGGCACGCCGCUGUGUAUGAACCAGUACAAGUCGCAGUUCGGCACCACGCGGAUUGCGCGCGCCAACUGCGAUGAGAUCGUGAGCCAGUAUCCGGCCACCAGCCGCCACAUCCUGCUUAUGUACCGUGACCAGGCCGCCAGCGUGCCCGUCUACAAUGCCCACGGCGAGCGCGCCAGCCUGGCACAGAUCACCGCACAGCUGGCGCUGGCGGUGCAGCGGAUCGACAAGCUGCUGGAGAACGGCCCAUUACCCAGGACAAUUCAGCUGGCCCUUGAGACUGCCGAUAGCGCUCUGUUUGGCGUUGCGCUGGACGUGGACGUCGAGGCUGCGCUGCUGGAGUCGGCCGAGGGAUGUGCGGCAACGUUCUGCCACUCGCAGGCUGGCCGCAACCGCUGGUACGACAAGGCGUUCCAGAUCAUCGUGCUGAGCAAUGGCCGUGCUGGUGUCAACGGCGAGCACGCGCCGGUCGAUGCGCUGACCACCGGCCGCAUCGCCAUGGAGGCGGCUAUCAAGGAGCGCGGGCCACUCAAGGACACCAAGCCAGCCAAGGGCCUGGACGAGCCGGCGCCGCUGCUCUGGCACGUGCCGGGAUCCGUCCUGACAGCCAUCGACAAGGUGCGCGGCGAUGCCAGCCGGCUUGCUGGCAACCUGCGGAUCCGGCUCGGCAACGCCGACCAGUUUGGCGCGCAGUGGAUCAAGCAGCUCGGCGUCAGCCCCGAUGCGUUCUUCCAGACUGCGUCGCUGCGGGCGUUCCUCCAUGGCCGCACCGAGACCAUCCGCUCAUGCACGCCUGAGGCCAUAGCCUUUGCGCGUGCCUUCGAUGACAGUGACGUCACGCUCUCUCGCAAGCUGGCGCUGUUCCAGCAGGCAGUGGGCGCCCACAUCGAGUACACGCGCGCGGCAGCGGUUGGCAAGGGCAUCGACCGGCAUCUGCUGGGGCUGCGCGUGCAGAUCCGCGACGAGGCGGAGGCAUCGCGAGCCACGCUGUUCCAGGACCCAUCGUAUGUGCAGUCCAUGUCGUUCGCCAUGUCUACAUCCAACGUGUCGCCCGGCGAGCUGUUCCGCGGCGGAUUUGCCCCAGUCAUCGCCGAUGGCUACGGCAUCAACUACGCGCUAGACAAGAGCGACCUCAAGUUCACUGUCUCUGACUGGCAGAGCAGCCAGGCUACUGACGCCGAGCAGCUGCGCCAGACCAUCUACCGCACGCUGGACGAUCUGCAUGCGGCUGCGGAGGCUGCCAAGAGCAAAUAG